AUGAGCGGAUCAAUCGAAGGAGUGUCGUUUCUGUCCCUAGUGACAUCGGAUGAGAAGCUGUUCAAGGAUACAUUGGCCUUCUACAAGAAACUUGGUUUUACUAUCUUCCAGGAAUAUCGUCAUAAUGCUCCAGUGGCCACUGCAGGAAUCCAGAGCAUCACCUCACAUGCUCAGGCAUCAAUUUCCGAGGAGUGGCUGACCAGUAUCCCAAUUAAUCCGAACAACAAUGAAGAUCAGGUUGAUAAGUCGCUUGGAGUUACUCUUAAGAUUAGAUUGAUUGCCAGUGGACCAUGUGCUGAAGACGUGGAUGCCAAAAUCAAGAGUUUUAUGAGACACGGUGAAGAUGGUGACUGGAGAGGAGAUGGUCCUUCUUUUGUGCUCUACUCAAGUAAUAUCCUUGAAGUUUCCAAGAUUCUGAAAGAUUCCGGGGCUGGCCAUAUCGUUCAAUCCCACCCGACAGAAGUUUCACCAGUUGAAUUAUACGGAAUAGAUCCUUUAGGUAACAUUAUUGGAUUCACCAGACGUUGCAAUCCCUUUACUAUAGCAGUCGACCCCAUUAAGAGAGUUCAUCAGGACGAAUUUAUUGGUGAGAAGGGUGCCAAUGCUGCUUCAGCACCUGGAUCGGACUCUGGAGAGGGCCCCAAGAAGAGAAUCGCUGUCAUGACUUCUGGUGGAGAUGCUCCUGGUAUGAAUUCUGCUGUUAGAGCUGUUAUUCGUACUGCCAUUCACAGAGGAUGCGAGGCUUACGCUGUUUAUGAAGGUUAUGAGGGUCUGGUAAGAGGUGGAGAUUACAUCCGUGAGAUGACAUGGGGUGAUGUCCGUGGAUAUUUGUCCAUUGGUGGUACUAGCAUCGGUACUGCUAGAUGUGCUAGGUUCAGAGAGCGCGAAGGAAGACUGGAGGCUGCUAAGAACAUGAUUGAGGCUGGUAUUGAUGGAUUGAUCGUUUGUGGUGGUGAUGGUUCUCUUACCGGAGCAGACUUAUUCCGUGCUGAAUGGCCCAGCUUGAUUGCUGAACUUGCUGAGAAAGGUCACAUUACUAAGGAACUGGCUGAGGAACACAAGCAUUUGUAUAUCUGUGGUUUGGUUGGUUCUAUUGACAACGACAUGUCAUCCACCGAUGCCACUAUCGGUGCCUAUUCAUCGCUCGAUCGUAUUUGUGAAAUGGUCGAUUAUAUCGAUGCUACUGCUCAAUCUCACUCACGAGCUUUCGUUAUUGAGGUAAUGGGUCGUCACUGCGGUUGGUUGGCUCUUAUGGCUGGUAUUGCUACUGGUGCAGACUAUGUGUUUAUUCCUGAAAAGCCUCCUAAGAAGGAGGGAUGGAGCGAUCAGAUGGUUAGCAUUGUUAAGAGACACCGUGAAAGAGGUAUGAGAAAGACAAUUGUCAUUGUUGCUGAAGGUGCUAUUGAUAAUGAAUUGAGGCCAAUUACUCCUGAGAUGGUCAAGGAUGUUCUUGUUGACCUGGGUCUCGAUACCAGAAUUACCACAUUGGGUCACGUUCAAAGAGGUGGUACUGCUGUAGCAUUUGACCGACUCCUUGGAACUUUACAAGGUGUUGAUGCUGUUGAUGCUAUUCUCAGUGCUACUCCCGAAACCCCUUCACCAAUGAUUGGUAUCAUUGAAAAUAAAAUCGUCCGCCGUAACCUAGUCGAAGCAGUUGCCUUGACCAAGUCUGUGGCUGAGGCUAUUGAGGCCAAGGAUUUUACCAAGGCCAUGAAUCUUCGUGACAGUGAGUUUUGUGAACAUUUGGAUAACUUCAUGCUCCUCACUAGUGCUGACACUGUGCCCAAGCACCCUGCUGAACACCCUCUCAACAUUGCUAUUAUCAAUAUUGGUGCCCCUGCUGGUGGUAUGAACGCUGCUCUCCGUGCAGCUGCUGCCUACUGCUUUUCUCGUGGUCACAAGCCAUAUGCCAUCCACAAUGGUUGGACUGGUUUGGCUCGUCACGAAUCUGUGCGCGAAAUCAACUGGCUCGAAGUCGAGCAAUGGGCCAUCCAGGGUGGUAGUGAAAUUGGUACUAAUCGUAACUUGCCAGAAGUCGACUUGGGAAUGAUUGCUUACUACUUCCAAAAAUACUCGUUCGAUGGUCUUAUUAUUAUUGGUGGCUUCGAGGCUUACCACUCUCUUCAUCAAUUAGAACAAGCUAGAUUCGCGUAUCCUGCAUUCCGCAUUCCUAUGGUUUGUUUACCAGCUACCAUCUCUAACAAUGUUCCUGGUACCGAAUAUUCCCUUGGUACCGAUACCUGUCUUAACGCUCUGGUCACUUACUGUGAUGUUGUUAAGCAGUCUGCCUCUGCCACGAGACAUCGUGCUUUUGUGGUCGAAGUCCAAGGUGGUAACAGUGGAUACGUUGCUGCUUACGCUGGUUUAGUAACCGGAGCUCACAUUAUUUACACACCUGAAGAAGGUAUUUCAUUCUCUCAACUUGGAGCUGACAUUGAGUUCUUGAAGAAAUGUUACAAAGAGGACCAGGGCCGUAAUAGAGCUGGCCGUCUGAUUGUUCGUAACGAAAAGGCAUCCAAGAUCUUCACCACUCAAAUGCUGGUCGAUAUUAUUCACGAGGAAGCCAAGGGUGCUUUCGAAGCUAGAGAAGCUGUCCCUGGUCACGUCCAACAGGGAGGUGUGCCAUCACCAAUGGACAGAAUUAGAGCCACUCGUCUGGGUGUUCAAUGCGUUCACUUCUUGGAAAACAACCAAAAGCUGCGUUCAUCACCAACUGCUGAGGCCACUGAUAUGUUCAGUGUUAUCGGCAUCAGAUCUUCCAAACUAGUCUUCACACCUGUCUCGAUCCUAUGGGAGACUGAGACCGAAAUCAAGACUCGUCGUCCAAACAAGGUCUUCUGGAGUGGCUUACUGCGCACUGCUGAGAUGAUGAAUGGUAGACCAAGAAUUGACAGUUCGAACUAA